CCCAAAUCAGUUGCCCUUGCCCACACGGCCACACGCCUCUCCUCUCCUUUUCUCCUUCCCCCUUCAGGCUCCCCGAUCCGACGACCCCAGCGGCGGCGAUGGGCGGCAAGGACCUGACAGAGGAGCAGAUCGCCUCGAUGCGGGAGGCCUUCACGCUGUUCGACACGGACGGGGACGGCCGCAUCGCUCCCACGGAGCUGGGCGUCCUCAUGCGCUCCCUCGGCGGGAACCCAACCCAGGCGCAGCUCCGGGACAUCGCCGCGCAGGAGAAGCUCACGGCGCCCUUCGACUUCCCGCGCUUCCUCGGCCUCAUGCGCGCCCACCUCAGGCCCGAGCCCUUCGACCGCCCGCUCCGCGACGCCUUCCGCGUCCUCGACAAGGACGGCUCCGGCACCGUCGCCGUCGCCGACCUCCGCCACGUCCUCACCUCCAUCGGAGAGAAGCUCGAGGUGCACGAGUUCGACGAGUGGAUCCGCGAGGUCGACGUCGCGCCCGACGGCACCAUCCGCUACGACGACUUCAUCCGCCGCAUCGUCGCCAAAUGAUCCCGUCCCCUCCGAGUCUCCAUUCCGCCGAUCCACCCUCGCGCGCUCUUCGUCUGUAAUAACUUCGUCUUCCAUCCCCGUGAUUUCAUUUUGUUUCCCUUCUAUGGCUGGCUCAUUUGAAUUCAAUCUGGCCUCCUCUUCGUUCCGAGACUGUUCGGAUAAAACGGAUAAUGGUUGCUGUGUGAUUAUCAACCAAUCAACGAUUAAUUAUUAGUAGAUCUGGCUGAUGGUGCUUUUGCUUAGCUACCUGUAAUGUAAAGUGUGGGUCUGCCUCCUUUGUC